GGUCUUUGAAGUUCUACAUUUUAGUUCGCAGUGCUGAACUUCCUUCUCCCUUAAAUUAUUAUAAACUUUUGCUGCUGUUUAAUAAACGUAAAGAUGUCUCGCAGUCCUGAUGUGAAGGAAGACCCUGUGGAAUGUCCUCUUUGCAUGGAGCCCUUGGAGAUAGAUGAUAUCAACUUUUUCCCUUGCACCUGUGGCUACCAGAUUUGCCGAUUUUGUUGGCAUCGAAUUCGCACUGAUGAAAAUGGGCUUUGUCCUGCAUGUAGAAAGCCAUAUCCAGAAGACCCAGCAGUUUAUAAACCACUUUCCCAGGAAGAACUGCAGAGGAUAAAGAAUGAGAAAAAACAGAAACAAAAUGAGAGAAAACAGAAAAUAUCAGAAAAUCGCAAACAUUUGGCUAGUGUACGUGUUGUACAAAAAAACCUCGUCUUUGUUGUAGGUCUGUCUCAGCGCCUAGCAGACCCAGAGGUGUUAAAACGACCAGAAUAUUUUGGGAAGUUCGGUAAAAUACAUAAAGUUGUCAUCAAUAAUAGUACAUCAUAUGCAGGCUCACAGGGUCCAAGUGCCAGUGCUUAUGUAACCUACAUCCGGUCAGAAGAUGCUCUCAGAGCUAUACAGUGUGUCAACAAUGUGGUAGUAGAUGGCAGAACGCUUAAGGCAUCUCUAGGUACAACAAAAUACUGCAGUUACUUCCUGAAGAAUAUGCAGUGUCCAAAGCCUGACUGCAUGUAUCUACAUGAACUGGGGGACGAGGCUGCCAGCUUCACAAAAGAGGAAAUGCAGGCGGGUAAACACCAAGAAUAUGAACAGAAGUUACUUCAAGAAUUAUAUAAAUUAAACCCCAAUUUUCUUCAACUCUCUGCGGGUUCAGUUGAUAGGAAUAAGAACAAAGUGACACCACUGCAGAGGUAUGAUACCCCCAUUGACAAACCUUCAGAUUCUCUCAGUAUAGGGAAUGGUGAUAAUGCUCAACAGAUACCUAACAGUGAUACACCUUCACCACCACCUGGUUUAUCAAAAUCCAAUCCAGUCAUCCCCAUCAGUUCAUCUAAUCACAGUGCACGGUCUCCUUUUGAAGGGGCAGUAACUGAGUCACAGUCGUUAUUCUCAGACAACUUCCGCCAUCCCAACCCUAUACCAAGUGGGCUUCCUCCUUUCCCCAGUUCCCCACAGGCAUCCAGUGACUGGCCUACAGCACCAGAGCCACAGAGCCUCUUCACAUCAGAAACAAUCCCAGUAUCGUCCUCUACAGACUGGCAAGCAGCAUUUGGCUUUGGUUCUUCUAAACAACCAGAGGAUGACUUGGGUUUUGAUCCCUUUGAUGUCACUCGAAAAGCCUUAGCAGACCUAAUUGAAAAGGAACUGUCAGUCCAAGACCAGCCUUCCCUUUCACCCACAUCUCUUCAGAACUCCUCUUCACACACUACAACCGCCAAAGGUCCGGGCUCUGGAUUCCUGCAUCCUGCUGCACCUACAAAUGCCAACUCUCUCAAUAGUACCUUUUCAGUCUUGCCACAGAGGUUCCCUCAAUUUCAGCAGCAUCGAGCAGUUUAUAAUUCAUUCAGUUUUCCAGGCCAGGCAGCCCGCUAUCCUUGGAUGGCCUUUCCACGCAAUAGCAUCAUGCACUUGAACCACACAGCAAACCCCACCUCAAAUAGUAAUUUCUUGGACUUGAAUCUCCCGCCACAGCACAACACAGGUCUGGGAGGGAUCCCUAUAGCAGGGGAAGAAGAGGUGAAGGUUUCGACCAUGCCACUGUCAGCCUCUUCCCAUUCAUUACAACAAGGACAGCAGCCUACAAGUCUCCACACUACUGUGGCCUGACAACAGAACUGAGAGGAGAGGAUUAGACUCUGGGGUGCUUGCAUGGGCAACCGGAUUUUUGCAUGAUUCCUUUCUGAGUUUGCAUUUAAUGUAUACACCCAAAAGAGCCAAUAUAAUCGUUCCUCAUGCCUACAACUAGUGUGUUACCUCAUAGUUGCUGAAGUAUUUCUUCAUUAGGCCUUAACACAGUUUAGUAGCAUAAUAAUUUUGGCAUUGUUUCUCAUGAGUGAUACUAUUUUUAACUCACACAAAUAAACUUGUAGUACUAAUUAAGAUCCUGAAUGAGAUUAGCUAGAAUUGUUCUUAUUUUGGCUCUAUUAUUGAAUAUAUACAAAGAUAACGGUAGUUCCUUGUUUUCUGAUUUGUGAAAAAAUGGUAAUAUCCUAAUAUACUCAUGAAUAACUUGAAAAUUAUGAAGAUAAUGUUUAUUGCAUUCUUUUAAUACUUGAGAAGAAAGAAUACAUAUGAAACAAAACUGGUGGUGUCAUUUACUGCUUGGAAGGAUGUUGUCAGCAAUUGCUUUUAGUUGUAUGGAUUUAUAUCCUAUAUUAUGCAUUACAUGUUUAGAAACUGUUUUUGUUCUCUCAUUUGCACAUUUGCACUUUCUUUUUGAAUGGUUGUUAACUAUAUAUAGAUGGUUAAAAGAUAAUUAUUAUAGACUAAAUGCAAUAUAAUCUUCCUAAUGCACUGCCUAGUAUACCAGAAAAUGCCUCAGAAACAAUUUCAGCUUACAGUUGAUUUAUCAGAAGCUUGAAUAUGGGGUAAACAUUGUGAGAAGCAACUGUAGGAGUGUAACAUUUUUACUGAACGAACAGUAGUUCUGUGGGAUAUUUGUUUGGAAGUUUCAUUGUUAAAUAAUUGAAAUGUGAUAAUAAAACUAUAUUGGAAGUACCUGACCAGAAUGAGACUAAGGUAGAAGAGAAAAGAUUGGGGAUCCUGCAAAAUUAGGUCACAUAAGUCAUCCUAGAUAAUUUUAGUUAAUUACAGUGAAGAGUGUGGAGUACUUUGUUAGGACACAAAAAUGUGAAGUCUGGAUGUUUUUGGACAAUACACAGUUCCUUAAAAUAAUUUUACAACUAAUAAUGAAAGAAAAUAAACUGAAUUCAAUUUUGAGCAGUGGACAAUAGCUGAUUGAGAAAACAUGACAUAUUCUGCCUGAAUUAAGCAUCUGAGAAGAAAGGGUGAAGUCAGAUCUCCUCUUGAGAUUUUCAAAAAACAAUAGUGAUAAAAGAUAUGCCUUAAUUUGUUAAAAAUAUUAAGAGUAAUGUGAGUACCAAAAAAAGAAGCCUAAAGAUUUAAAGUUAUAAUAAAAUACCUUAUUAGGAGAUGAUAACAUGUUGGAGUUGGAGUUUUCAAGGUUACUUCUCUGUAAAAUCUGAUUAGUUUCUAUUAGAUACAGUACAACAAAUUAAAUGGCUUUGUCUUGAGGUACAGUGGGUAAACUAAAAUCUAUUAGCCAUCCUUCCAUUUGUUUAACUAGUAUAGAAACAGCGAAUUAUACUAGUUCUUUAAAUCCUUUUUGUAAAAUUCUGCGGAAAUGACAAUCCCUAAUUUCUGUUUCGAAGUGACUUUAGGAUAGCAUUACAAGAAAUUUAGAAAAUACAAGUAAAAUAUUGUAGACUAUUAGAAGCCUUUUACCAUGCAUUAAUCAUGGUUUUAUUUUUGCUGUAAGAGGUCAAGACAUGCACACUCAGUGUCUGCUGCUGUGGUGCUAAGGCUAGUGGGCUUUGGUAAGGAACUCAGGCUCCCUGGCAUGAGGCUUUACCAGAACAUAGCUUUCUCCAGCCGUCACGCAAAUCUUUCAUUGCCCAGAUCUCCUUACAAAGACAUAAGAGGUGGUUAGCUCCCAUUUACUUAUUACUUCUCUGUGUUGAGAGAUAAAACUGUUAAAUAAGGCUUCUCUUUCCUGUCCUGGCUUUCUCUCUCCUUUCCCAUUCCUAACCAAUGCCAAAAAACUGUCAGGUAGUUUGCUCAGACUUACUGGAGCCCAGAACUGCCUCCCUCCCUGUUUCUCCUUUCUCCCCACUUUUACACAUAAGAAUCAAGGAAAUGAUUCUUGGGCAAUUAAGCCUCAACAUAUAUUUUCACAUAGAAUAGCUAAAUAUUAUCGUUUAAUCAUCUUUGUGAUUCUGAGACCUUGUAAAACUAGAAUAAUAAGCCUCACCAUUUUGCUUACUUAAUAUUUUGUCUAUGGUUUUUAAUUAAAAGUGAUAUCUUAAAAAUCAGAGUCACACUUAAUUAUACUAUAGGGCAGAAGAAAUUGCAUAACCCGUAAAAGAAAGCACCAUUUCACAUAGCAAGUAAAUUGAUGAAACCAAAUGAUGGUAAAAAAUGAGAAAUUCUAAAAAGCUUCAGAUUAGUUUUUGAUAAAUUUCUGCAUGAUUGACCUAUCCAUGCACAAGGAAAACUUUGUAAACUUCUACAGUCUUAACUUUUAAAAAAUGACUAGGCUGUAACUUAAGUCAUAAUUUUUUAAGUUGGAGUCCAGAACUCUUUGGACGUAUUUGGAAAGUUAGGAGUUUAUUUAUAUGUACCUCUGCCUAUCUUUUUCUAGGGAGAAGAUUCAUAGUUAACUAUAUUUGUCAAGGGUUUGGUGGUACCCCUCUAGGAAAAAAAAACAAAAACAACUGACUUGAAGUUUUUGGUGCCACUGUAGAAAAUAGCCCUGACUGAGUGAUUUUAGUCACAUGAUGAAUGUCAAGUUCCUCUUUUAUUUUCUUAAAGAUUCCAUUAGAAAAUAUUUUCUGAUAAAUAAUACUUUCCUUUUCAUUCUACUGUUUAAUUUUGUUUUUCUAGGUGGUGCUUUUGUGUACUCCCCUCUUUUUAACGGAGUGUUAAUUAAAUAUUUGAGUGCCUUUUCUAUGUAGUGACCUGGGCUAGAUCUUGAAGGAUAUAAGUUUGAAUAAAGUACAGACCCUGUCAUCAAGGAUAGCAUUCUAGUGACAAUUGUAUUUCAAAUUAUUUCUGCAAGGUCAACUCUUAAUAUAAUUUAUCCAAAAGAACAGCCAAUAGCCUCCUAGACUCAUUUCAUUAUUCAUUGCUCUGACAGGGGCAACAAGCUAUUGAAUACUGACAAUUGAAAUUUUUAAAAUAUAUGAUAAUGUGGAGGGAGUGAAAAAAAUCUUAAUAGGGGAGACAUGCAUUCAUUAUUCUAAUUUAAGUAUAUCUCAGUUGUGUGUGUUCAUGUCUCUUACUCUUAGUGUCCUGGGAAUUAAAUAGAGCUUUUUAUAUAUAUGUUCUUUUAAAGAAAACAACUGUAAUACAUUAUAUCUGUGCACAUUUUUACUGAUACAGCUCCUGUUUGUAUGGUAUUACAAGCAUCUUCAAGACUGCUAGAGAGCUGAUGUAUGCUGUGACACAGGUGCAUAAGCACCUGCUCCCACAGAGACAUUGCUUCAGGAAAGCGAAGAGAUUUGUGAACAAAUUGCAGGUGCAUUAGAAUCUUAAAAAGUGAAGACCAACAUGUUAUUUAUGUAUACAUGAAACUAGGGAACAUUUUUUCCCAUGCUGAGUACUAAGGUUUCAGAUUUUUUAUUUGAUCAUGAAGUUUCCUCGAAUAUGCUUAAUUGGCCUUAAGAGAUGACUAUCAUACAAUUGAAAACACAAUAACUUGAAAAAAAAUUAUAAAGAGGUAAUCUGAAACAAUGAUAUUUAUAUAUUUUUCCAUAAAAUAUGGCCAAAGUCAGUUAUGUGUUCUCACGCUAGUUCUGACCAUAAUGCUGUGACUCUCCCAUCUUAACCUUUGUAUCUGGACAAGUCCCUACUUCAUUGUCUCCUUGUGCUGAAAAAAUGGGAAUAAUAUGUGUAGAUAUUCACAUAUGGUAUAUUUACUGAAUAAAUCACACACUAGGCUGUUACAAAAGUAAAAAUGAGAGAGAAAGAAGUGGGCUGGCUCAGGGAAAAGCCUCAUAAAAAGUGUGGAGCUUUUUGAUUUUGAACAAUGGCUGAAAUUAGAUGAUGGAAGGAAAAAAUACAGUAAAGGGAACAGAUUGAACAAAGAACCAGAGACAAAUUAGCAUGAUCUGUUGGGGUUAGGAGGGAAUGACAGGAGAUGGGCUCUUCUAAGAUAUACAGGUCUUACAGGAAGGUGGCAUGCGUGUGCAAAAGCCUUGAAAACUAGGGAAAAGGUUUAGUCUCAAUGUGGAUGUGUUAGUAGUAGAGAACUGUGGUUCUUUGGUGAAGAUGUUACUUGAUUGUAGCAUUUUGAGGUUAGUUUGGUAAUAGGUCUACUUGAAAUUAGGACCAGUUAGAAAGCAGUUCCAGGAUAUCAUAGUUGGCCAGGGCAAAUAAGAUGACCUGGACUAAAACAGUAAUCGUGGGAAUGAAGAAGAAAUUAUGAAUUAGAGGUCAGAAAGCAUGAGAUCUAAGAAAUGCCUUUGGGUUUGGCUAGAUCUCUGGUGACCUUUAAAAAUGUAACUUUCAUAAGGUACAGGUGCUUUCCUAGGAUUCAUGAGGAAAUGUCAAGGAUAUGGAUGCAACAGUCAUUGGCUACUUAUUUAAGACAUUUGGCAACAAAGGGAAAAACAAGAAGCUAACUGUAUAGGUGAUAGAUGUUAGAAGGUGUUGCUCUGAGGUAAGGGAGAUACCUAAAUAUUUAAAGGCAGAACGCACAGAGCCAAAGCAGAGGAAGACAUUGGCAGUGCUGAAGACAAGAUAGGCUACUCCAGUAGGAUAGUGGAUUUCUGUAGGUGCUGAGAGGAGGUAAGCUCUUGAAGUGAGGUUAAGUUAUGGGUUCAGCUUUGGGGAGGUGGCUAUAUCUUCCUGUUACUUGUAAGAAAAAUAAGAGAAUCUAGGAGAGAGAAUGCGAGAUUAAAGACAAUGAAAAUAGUUGAUAGGGCUGACUUCAGUAAUAAUUGAAUGCACAUUGUGUGAGAAUGGGAGUGAGAAUGGAGUUGGGAGCCUGUAAAAAAGGGAGAGUAAGAAAAUGUGUGACAAUAAGCCUGUGUGUGCAUCGGAAAGAAAUUGAAGAAUCACUGGGUAAAGAUAAGGACCAAAUUUUUUAAAAUUUAGUGUCCAAAUGUAUAUGGUUUUAUAUGUUUCUCUGGUUCAGCACAAAGCAUCAGGAGUGGGUAAAGCAAAUACUGAGAGUUUGGCAAGAAGGUGAAGAAAAAAGGACACAGCUAUUUAAGCAAACAGCAUUGAAAUACCUAAUCUUGUGGUCAAGAAGAACCCACUAAGUUAGGAAAGAACCAGUGCUGCGAGUAUGUUGAAAGGAGUUCAGUGAUUUUAGAUUUUGAUGCAGAUAAAGAACAGGUACAGUGCUGUUAAGGGAGUGACGGAUUAGGAGACUGGUCUAUUUGAUGACCACUCAGUGCUGAAUGAUGAGUGAGAACCAGAGAUAGGAUGUAGAUAGAUAUCUAACAUUGGGGCUGGAGGUUGGAAGGAAUGCUAGCUUUCAGAACCCCUGUGGUCUCUUCUCUAUCCUCUUUCUCACCCAUCCUUUCUUGAAAGUAGGAAGUCAGAUUGCAUGAGAGAAUUGUAGAAAGCAUGUAUUGCCUGGGGAAUCCUAGGUCAUGUUUCUUACAAGUUGAAGGUGAUCCAAAGGAACAAUGGAAUAAGCAUUCCUUCCUCAGCAUGAUAGGAAGACACGGAAGAAGAGUGCAGGGGCACAAUUGGGAAAAGCCAGCAGUGAGGUUGGACAGGUGUAGGUAGCCCAGUGAGUUUAAGCAAUUGGUGGACAUGUUGCUUAUGUCAAAGAUUUAGACGAAGGUGGUAUGGCAUGGAAUAAGACUGAUCAUUGAGGAACCCUAUUAUAGGAAUGAGCUAGGUUCUCCGGACUCACAUACAAACUGGAAAGAAUCAGAUUUCUACCUCACAGGGAAAGUAUCUUUUCUUCCUUAGUUGAACAAGUUCAUUCUGCUUUAUUUAGAUAACAAAUUAGAUGAAAAGCAGUAAAUUCAUGAAAAGUAGAAAUGGGAGAAUAUAAUAAUUUUAUGAUAAUAGGUCAUAAAAAUACUUUGACAGUUUUCCCCCAAAGAGAAUGUGUUAUGUGAAUAAAUAGAGAGCAACAUGUUACUGAUUUAAUGAAUUCUUGGUCCUUGUAUUUUGUAUGCUUAGAUAUGACCUUUAGGAAAAAUUGCUGGUGGUGUAGUAGAACAGGAAUAAAGAUAUAUAACAUAUUUUUUCUCUGUAUUGAAUUAAUAGCAAAUACACCUAGUUUGAAAGCACCCUUAAUUUCCUGACACUAACAUAUUUUUAAAGUGGACUUGUCAUGUAUGUCAGCUGUAAUAUCAACUAGGACAUUUAAAGUAGUAAUGCUUUAAAGUACAAAUCAUUACAUAAGAAUACUAUCUGAAACCACACUGAUGAAUUAAAAAGCCACUGCUCCCUAGAUCUUUCUGCCCCAUGAUUUGUUGCCAUGAGUGUUAUUUUUAGCAACCUUACAUUGCUGGGCAUACAAACCUCUAGCCUCUUUAAUCAGGACCCUUUCCCAAAGAAUCACUCUUUGAGAAUUCAAGAUUUAUUAGGAGAAUCUACUCUGGUCUAUCAUGUUAUAGGGGGUCUGCCCUGGGCUUUAGUUACGCAAAAAUCGAGUCUAUACCUGUUAGAUACUAGAACUGAAGGCAAGCCUAAACAAUCUAAAUUGCCACCUAGAAGUUCCAUGAAACAGCUGGAUAUAGUACUUAAUAACCAACCCAUUUUCUCCAGGUUCCUUCAGACCAUACUUCCUAAGGCAGCUGUUGACUUUGUUCUUAGCCCACUUCACAUAUUACGGUUUUUCUAAAGGUUCCUGGGAGCUCCAAACUGACCUUGGAACAUGCUGUGCAUAGAGUAGUAUUGUUGUUCCAGUUUGUAUUUAGUACUCAGACCCACUUUGUGCUCUGUCACAAAGCAAUACCCCCAAAAGCUUCCUUUCCCCUUCCAUAUAAUUCAUAAAGCCUUUAAAGCACUCAUUACCCCCCUUUUAAAAAUUGAGUUGAAUCAUAGCAACAAUUAAGUAAAGUGCACAGUUUGUAAUCGUACUAGUGCAUAAUUCAGUGGCCCAGCACUGCAUUUUAUCUCAGUGUUAAAAUAGCAGAAUAAAUAACUCCAGCUCUGAGGACUUGGGCCUGUUCUUUGUUGAGGCUGUGUGGUAAUAGCUGCAUUGAGAUGCAGUGUUUUACCCAGUGGGCUGAAAGGCAAAUGUUAGACCUUAAAAGAUGCCCUACUUUGCAAAAGUACUACUUAAACUUGUGGGUCAAGAAACUUUUAUAUCCUACUGUUCAAAAAGAGUGGGCAAAGACCUGUAGGUAAGAGACCCUUAGGACACAUGAUUGCCAGAGUAGGUAAAAAUGUUUGAAGCAACCGUCUUGAGUAGUUGUGAAAUUAUAUAACAGCCUUUCUGUCUUCAUGAUGUUUAAUUAGCAUUGUGUAAGCAAAGGUUUGCUUAGCAAAGGCAAACUAUCAGCUUAGCUCUUUGUAGGGACAUGAGGUUAAAUGUGUUGUGUGCAUGCAUGUGUGUUGGCUUAUAUAUAGUAAUUUUCAUUUAAAUUCUCCACUUAGUGAUUGUAGUGGAGGAAAAAGUCUUGGGCCAGCUCUGUAACUUUUCUAGUAUUUAUUCCUGCUGUUCUGAUUAAUUCAUAUGUUCAAUAUAAGUACUUCAUUUCUGUCCCAUCUUUCUCUAAAUUUUUUUUUUUUAAGAAAUAAAGACCGUAUUUAAAUGCA